GCUCGGGGCGGGCCCGAGGCCGCGGUGCCGGGCGGGGAUGGCGGAGGCGGAGGCGGCGCAGGGCCGGGUCCAGGCGGCCGUGGAGAGCGCGGUGCAGGGGCUGGAGCGGGAGCGGAUCCGCGCCAUGCAGGGUGCCAUGUUCCGGUGCAGUGCCCGUUGCUGUGAGGACGGCUCAGCCUCCAUGCAGGAGGUCCAGCGCUGCAUCGAGCGCUGCCACGCGCCCCUGGCCCAGGCCCAGGCCAUCGUCACUGCCGAGCUCGAGCACUUCCAGGACCGGCUGAGCCGCUGCUCCCUGCAGUGCCGGGACCAGGCGAAGGACGCGCUGGACUCGGGGGGCUCGGAGCCCAAGGUGAGGGGGCAGCUGGACGCCUGCCUGGCCUCCUGCGGGGACCAGCACCUGCGCCUCGUGCCCCUCAUGGCCAGGAAGAUGAGGGACGGGCUGGCUGCCAUCCAGCAGUGAUGGGGGGGCACCGGGGAGACCCCCCCAACGGCCUCAUUGAAGGAGAGCGGCUGCGGGAAUUCACAAAGCGCAGCUGGGACACAUCGAAGGACAUUGGUACCACCCAAACCCCGCUUGGGAUCCCCCAAAAUAUACUUGGUACAACCCAAAACUCACCUGGGACCCUCCAAAUACACCUGGGAGUUCUCAAAACGUACCUGGGAUUCACCAAAGGACAUUGGUACCACCCAAACCCCGCCUGGGACCCCCCAAAAUACACUUGGUACAACCCAAAACUCACCUGGGACACACACCCCACCCCAAAAUACACCUGAGCUGGCUCUGGCUUCUCCUGCACCCCAAAAUACAGCUGGGACACACCCCCAAAUACACCUGGAAAUUCCCAAAACACGCCUGGGAUACACCAAAA